AUGUAUUUUCAGCUCCAUUUCCGGGCGAAGAUUCACAGGGCUGAAACUCAAACUGUGAGUCGUGCGCAUGCUGGACGAGAAACGUCACCCUGUCAUGACAUCAGGUACAGCACGACCAAGGAGGUUGCUGCAUUGGUCCUCCGCUUCAGCAACCGGGGUCUUUGGAAGGCAGCUGCAAAGUGCCUUUUGCUGAAGAUUGGUGUGGGUGGGUAUGCUGGCUGCCAAGGACCAGCAGAAGAGGCUGGGAAGCUCGCCAAGGAGCUUCAAGCUGGUGACAUCCUGAACAUCCAGAUGGUGAAUGAGAAGUGCACUUGGCCAGAGGACAUUGAAGCUAUUUGGAAGGGCAUUGCCAUACCUGCCGGUGGCAAGGAGUCUCCCAACUUCCUCCCCACCGCCUCGGUUCUGGACUUCCUUGAAGCUUUGGUCUACGUACCACAAACUGAGGAGAUCAUACAAGAGGCAAAGGUGCAAAAGCUUUCGCCCUUGGCGCCCUUCGCGGAUUCCAUGGAGGACUUGGCCUGGCAUAAGGGUCCAGACCGGCGGGUGUGGCAUGUAAGGCCGCAAGGUGCCAGAAAGCUGCGCGGCCUGUGGCUGGAGCUGGUUUUGGUGCUCUUUGAUAUGAUGGAGUGCAUCCCAUCAGAUUUGGACCUCUUUUUCCAGUGCCAGGAAUGGGAGCUAUCGCCAGAAAGCAGAACGGCGUCGCCGGCGACAAAAGCCCAUGAGCAGGCUGAGACGGCUUCCACUUUGUCCUUCAUGGUGCGACACGUCACCCUGAAAAAGUGGCUGAAACGCGUGUACCUUGCCAAACUGAAGGACUGCACCUUCACCCAGUUCCAGGUGAUUGUGCAGAAUAUGCUCAAGUGCACCAUACCAGAAGAGGCCUUAAAGGAGGAGAUUUUCCUGAAAUGCCCCUUGAUCCCCGACGACGACAAGGGCGAAUUACGCGCAGUGGCAGACCUGGGAGCAGCGCUCUUCGCUUACACCAAGCAUGGUCUUUGGCCAGAGGCCCUUUGCCUUGAUCUUAAGUCUCAGCAUGGUGACUUCUUGGCAUGGCUUCCAUUGAAGAUUUUUGAUGUUGAAGAAACUGCUCACUCUACGGAUGCAGCAAUGAUUCCAGAGUGCUUGCAUGAGAGUUGCAACGUUGCUACUGCUUGCACGGGCCAACCGCCAUUCUCCAAGUCCGUGCCAAAGCAGCACGUGUUCGCAGCCAUGGGGGGAAACCACAGCUCCGCUCCGGAAGAGCCUGCCUGCAUCAGUGGGCUGCCUGCCACCUUGCUGCCAUCGCGAUACAAGCAACGGGUGGCACAGCUGGUGGACGAGGUCCAAAAGUCGCCGAUGCCGGAGCCGCUGGAGCACACGCUCCGCCGCUGCAUCGCCUUUUGCUACGACGUCACCGAGGAGUGGGCGCCCUUCGUGCGGGUCACCGUUUUCGCCGACAACGCCAAUGAGCAUCAGCUCAAUGUUCCAGUCUACCAUGCCAUGCUAUGCUGCUUCGGCGAGCCGGGCUUCCAGCGUGAAAGGGUUUCUUGCAAAGCAGUGCCUGCGACAGAUGUCGAAGAUGGAUUUGUGAAGCCCAGCGUGUUUUGGACCCGACAGAUCUCCGGACAGCUGCACUUCCGUUCCCUGGCUCACGCCCUGCUGAAAUGGUUUGCGGAUUUGGCGAAGGAAGACCCGAGGAAGCAACUCUUAGUGAACAUCCUGCUGCAGCUGCAUGAAGCCUGCUACAACUGCGUGGGGCGUCACAAGGAAGUCUUUGAAUAUUGCAUUUACGAUUUGCUUGACGCAGAAGAUGGAGAGUGCGCAGAUAGUUCUAAGAGAGUUGUGUGUCGACACGCAGCAGCAUUUUUGGACAAUCACAAGCGCAAUGCAUUGCACGCAGCGUUCUUGUCACCAUUGAAGUAUGUCUUCCAGAAUGUCUAUGAAGUGUUCGAGAACUUGGACAGUCAUGGAGCUUCCUUUUGGGUGGCUGUGCUGCAUGUCUUUUUUCCUGAUCUGGACAUGCCAUUUGAAAACAUUGAAGCCCUGGACAUUGGUUGGGCGUGGGGAGCAGUGGAUUUUCUUCCGAUGAUGGAAGGCUCUGGCUCCGUGGCCUUGGCGCGCUUCUCGGAUCCCAAGCAUUUGGGCCAAGACUGGCGAACGUUGACCCGAGAUCUGCGGCCACCGCGAUGGGCAGGCGUGCCACGGUUCCGGGGCUUGCCAUUGAGACACGGGCCGGCUGGCUUCAAAGAUGCUUUGCGCCGUAUUCGCCAGCAGCCUGCCCUGCAGCGUGCUUUCGCAUGCUACAUUGACAGGUUUACCAGCUUCUUCACCCCUGCUGUGCUCCUGCAGCGCUGGGCCUACUACACCGUCACCUCCGAGCGUUGGGACAUGGAGCUGGGCCCAGCGCUGGUGGCGUUGCGGGGAGAGAGGAGCUGUGGCGUUGAAACGGGAGCAGAUCAGCUGCGAGAAGAGCUGUGCAGCACGGAGGGGCAGGUAAAUUUAAGUGUCGCCUCCGCUCUUUUGGAAGCAGCUGGAGUCUCCUGGGCCAAGUUGGUGUAGCGAGCUGCGAGAAAA